UGUGACGUUAUGUGGGAAGCCACGCCCACUACGCACAAAUUCUUCCUGUUAUGAAACCGAUGCAUGUGAGCGAAGAGUUAGAAAGGGACUUUGAUGUGAGAAGCUGCUAUUCGGGUGGUCACUGAAUUGGAAGUGUGAGCAGCUGUCUGCUACCCUGAAGACUCCAGCUGAAGAGAAGAGAAGAGAAGAGAAGAGAAGAGAAGAGAAGAGAAGAGAAGAGAAGAAGAGAAGAGAAGAGAUGUCUGCCCAGGCAAACCGAGUGAUGGCUUUGUCCGAGUGGGAGGACAGGUGGCAGGAAGGAAAAACUGGUUUUCACAGAUCUGAAGUGCACAAUUUUCUGGAAAAUAACUUGGACAAAGUCGUAUGUGGACGAAAGGAGGUUCGAUUCUUCUUCCCGCUAUGUGGAAAAGCUGUAGACAUGAAGUGGUUGGCUGAUAUAGGUCACACAGUUGUUGGAGUUGAAAUUUCUGAAAAAGGAAUCAAGCAAUUCUUUGCAGAGCAAAAUCUUGUUUUUAAUGAAGAACCAGUACCAGCCAUUCCUGGAGCAAAGGUUUUCAAGAGUGCAGAUGGAAAGAUCUCCAUCUAUCAGUGUGAUUUAUACAAGUUCUCCAGUGCUGUUGGAGGAAAGUUUGGAGGAAUUUGGGAUAGAGGAGCACUGGUGGCUAUAAACCCAUGUGACAGGCAAAAGUAUGCUACUCUCCUUAUGUCCUUAAUGAACUAUGACUGCAGAUAUCUCGUGGACACACUGGAAUAUAAUCCUGAGCUGUAUAAAGGUCCGCCAUUUUUUGUAUCAGAAGAGGAUGUAAAAAAUGUAUAUGGAGGUGGAUGUGAUAUUGAAUUGCUAGAGUCUGUAGAUGCCUUUGAGGAAAAGCACAAAUCAUGGGGACUGGAUUCACUGACAGAGAAAGUGUACCUUCUCACUCCAAAAGCCCAAUGAUCAAUCAUCAAAUCUACUGGAGGGCGAUUAAAAAGUACAAAUUACUUAAUGCAAUAAAUAACAUAGCUAUGUUAUUAAAAGACAAUUUGCAUUUUUUUAAAUUUUGAUAACAGUGGCCUGCAAGUUAUUGAUUCAGUAUUUAAAUGUAAUGCAAAAUUUUAAUAAAUUCCAAUUAUUU